AUACAUUUCUUACCAGACUAGCUUAUCAUCCAUGUGAAAAUGGAAAGCUGAUGGGUUAUUUUUGUGCUGGCACAAUAAUGUUGCUCAUUCCGGUGGUGAGCUCCACAGUUGUUUUUACACUGUGACAGCUGAGUGUGCUGUCAUUCUUCCUGGAUGUGAACUUUGCUAUAUUUAGAGGUGCACUGUUAUAUUGACGUGGCUUCAAACCUGACACUCCACAGUUGUGUCUUCACCAGUUGUGAUAAACCUUCGUGAGCUGCUCCUCUUCCAUCUAUCUCCUGUCUUUAAGUAUGGAUCCCCAAAGCCUGAAGGAAGAUCUCCAACUGUUUCAGAGCACUUUGCUACAGGACGGCCUAAAAGAACUUCUGAAUGAGAACAAAUUAGUCGAUUGUAUUCUGAAGAUUGGAGACAGGAGUUUUCCCUGCCAUAAGCUCAUCCUGGCGGCAUGCAGUCCUUACUUCAGAGAGCUUUUCUUCUCAGAGGAAGGUGAGCUAGCCAAAAAGGAGGUUACCUUGGAGAAUCUGGAUGCCACAAUUAUGGAAAUGAUCGUCAACUACAUGUACUCAGCAGAGAUUGACAUCACCGACAGCAAUGUGCAAGACAUUUUAGCUGUGGCAAAUCGCUUCCAAAUCCCGUCAGUCUUCACCGUUUGUGUGAAUUAUCUUCAGAAGAAAUUGUCACGGAAAAACUGCCUUGCUGUCUACAGGCUGGCACUGAUGCUGAACUGCCCCAGACUGGCUGUUGCAUCUCGAGACUACAUUGCAGAUCGGUUUGAAAUCAUGGCCAAAGAAGAUGAUUUCUUGGAACUUGCCUCACAUGAGCUUUUUGCCAUUAUCGGAGCGGAUGCACUCAAUGUAGAAAAAGAAGAAGUAGUGUUCGAGUCUCUCAUGAAGUGGGUCAGGAAAGACAAAGAGAAUCGAAUGAAAACCUUGAAUGAGGGCUUCGAUUGCAUUCGUUUUCGUUUACUCCCAGAGAAGUACUUUAAGGAGAAGGUGGAGAGGGAUGAUCUCGUCAAGUCGGAUCCUGAGGUUCUGAAAAAAAUCAAAACCCUCAAGGAAGCGUUUGCAGGGAAGUUGCCUGAGAAGAAAAAGGAACAAGAGGGUGAGGAAGAAGAAGAGGCCAAGUUGCCUGGAUACCUGAACGAUAAACGCAGAUACGGCAUGUAUGCUAAAGACAUGCUGUUGAUGGUCAAUGACACUGCUGCCGUGGCUUAUGAUGGCCUGGAGAAUGUAUGUUUCCUUGCUGCAAUGGCUGAGCAAAUCCCCAGAAACCACAUCAGUCUGACAACGAAGAAGAAUAAUUUCUAUGUCUUGGGGGGGCUGUAUGUCGAAGAAGACAAAGAAAGCUCACUGCAUUGUUACUUCUACCAGUUGGACAGUCUCGCUAGUGAAUGGAUCGCUUUGCCGCCCAUGCCCUCCGCUAGAUGUCUGUUUGGUAUGGGCGAAUAUGAUAAUCUUAUCUUUGCAGUGGCAGGGAAAGAUCUGCAGUCCAACGAGUCUCACGACUCUGUUAUGUGCUACGACACGGACAAAAUGAAGUGGACUGAAAGCAAAAAGUUGCCCCUGAAAAUUCAUGGACACUGUGUCAUUUCUGAGAACAGGCUGGUUUAUUGCAUUGGAGGCAAAACGGAUGACAAUAAAACAACCAAUAAGAUGUUUGCAUACAACCACAAGAGGUCAGAGUGGAAGGAGGUGGCCUCCAUGAAGACACCCAGAUCCAUGUUUGGGGCAACGAUCCAUAAAGGAAGGAUUGUUGUGGCCGGAGGCGUCAAUGAAGAUGGGCUGACCGCUACAUGUGAAGCCUAUGACUUUGGAACCAACAAGUGGUCACCAUUCACAGAGUUUCCACAGGAAAGAAGCUCAAUCAACUUAAUCAGCUGUGGGGGGAUGUUAUACGCCGUCGGAGGCUUCACCAUGGUGGAGAACGAGAACCAGGAGUGCUCCCCAAAUGAAAUCACUGAUAUUUGGCAGUAUGAAGAUGACAAGAAACAGUGGACUGGGAUCAUCAGGGAGAUGCGUUAUGCAGCCGGAGCGUCUUGCGUGUCGAUGCGCCUGAAUGCAGCCAGAAUGCCCAAUCUUUAACAAUCUUUCAGGGACCUAAUGCAUUG